UCUGAGGUAGGUGGCGAUAUUUUCACUGGCGCUGACAGUCUGUCACAGACCCAGAAGAAGAAAUAUGCGGAAGUUGACUUUGGAAGAAAUUUCAGAAAGCACAAGAGUACUUCAAUAAACUAACUAAACUUGAAUAGUAUAAACCAUGGAUAUACAAUAACAAUGGAAGUAGGCCUACAAGGAUCAGAGACGACCACUCCUGGCAGAAAGUCCCAGUCUGCAGUGACUGGCAGUGCAAGGAAAGUGAAGGACAACGCAGCAGACUGGCACAAUCUGAUUCUGAAAUGGGACCGACUGAAUGAUGAAGGAUCCACCAUGGCAAAUAAGAUAGUCAAUUUAGGAUUCAAUAAAAGUUCACAGAAAGAGAUGCAAGUCAUGAUUGCGGGUCAGGACACCUCUGCCAGCUCUAAUUCAGAGAAUGCAUUUGAAAACAGUAGAGAACUAGAAGAGGAGUGUGACAAGUUGCUAAGUGUCGUGGACAAAAUGACUCGUAUUGUAUCAAAAAUGGAGAAGUUAGUUUCCUCUGAGAAGGGGAUCAUCGAUCUAGAGACAUUCCAGUAUGGAACAGGAGGAAGACAAACUCCUUUAUUUCAGACCUGGCCUACGUCACAGUUCGCAGACGUCUCCAACAAGCUCUAUGAAGCCUACAAGCAAGAACUGACUCUGAAACGGGCUAUUCUUCAGGAGCUAGCUCACACAACUAACCCAGACCUUUCAAUGGUGUACCUGUCCUGCUGGCUGUAUCAGCCGUACACAGAUGACAGGGCAAAGUUACUGUUAGAGGGUCUUCUUUUAGAGACAGGGCAUAGGCCAAUUUAACCAACUUCAGUUGGAACAUUCUAUUUUGUUUAUGGACUUGUAUGGCUACUGUACUAACAAGUCCAUAAAUAAAUGACAACUAUUGUAUGGCCAUUACAAAGGAACUCAUGCACAGCAAUGCUGCUGGUUUCAACUCCAUGAAAUAAUAGAAUGAUUUGGUUCUUGCAUCCUUUAUUAGGAAAAUGAGUUCAACUGUACAGCAUAUGAAAUGGUUGUACUGCAACAAUGAGUGACAAAUGAAACAUGGAAAUGAAUAACCACAAUUUCUUAACUUUUGAUUUUAUUUCCCCUCAUUUGCAUUCAUUUUCAAUGGUAUUAGAAACCUAUUUUUGGAAAAUGUUACACCCAAAUAUAUAAAAAGUAAUAAAAUAGUGCAACAUUUUU